AGAAUUGAGCUUAGAGGAUGGUAUUGGUUGGCAAGAGAUAUAGAUCUUGAUUAUUACUUUUAUAUUAAGUUAAGAUGCCUUUUGUCACCCUCGAAAGGAGACACUAUAUUGAUGAUCUAAAUAUUCUAACCACCAUGGAUUCUCAUAUGUCUCUCUUUCCUGAUGGUGUAUAUAUGUAUUCCCGGGGAGGCAUUGAGAAGGCAGAACAAUCAUCGUUAUCUCUCUCAUCUUUAGCUUAAAGAUCAACAAAAUGGCAAUCUCUUUUCAUGUUCGCUCUAACAGUUUCCCUUCUAGACUUCACCCACAAGCUGCUCAUGUGGAUGAGCAGUUGAUUCGUUUGAGAUCUUCUGAGGAAGCGUCAACAUCUUCAAGCUCUUCAAUCUGUCAAAGACUUAACAACCUUCAAGAGCUUCACCAAUCUCUUGAAAAACUUAUUCACUUACCUGCCACAGAGCAUGCUCUAGCUCAAGAGCAGAACAAGAAAGCCACCGAGAAACUUCUUGAUGGAUCUCUCAGGAUCUUGGAUCUAUGCAACAUUUCCAGGGACGCUUUGUCGCAGAUGAAAGAAGGUCUCAUGGAGAUCCAAUCCAUUCUAAGAAGAAAGCGCGGAGAUCUAUCAGGAGAGAUUAAAAAAUACUUAGCCUCAAGAAGAUCUCUCAAGAAGUCAUUCCAAAGGGUCGUCAAGAGUUUGAAGGUCAAACAAAACCUGAAGUGCAACGAUGACUCUUUCGCUGUCUUUGAAGAAGCAGAAGCUAUCAGCGUGAACCUUUUUGAUUCUCUCUUCUGCUUUAUGUCUGGAUCAAAGACUUGUAGCAAAUGGUCACUGGUCUCAAAGUUGAUUAACCAGAAAAAAGUUUCAUACGAAGCUCAAGGAAACGAAUUCACAAAGGUGGACUCCGAAUUCCAGUCUGAGAAGACCUUGAAGAUGGAAGAUGGUCAGAACCUAGAGUCAUGCAUUCAAGAUCUUGAAGAUCGACUUGAAUCUCUCUCUAAGUCUUUGAUCAAAUACAGAGUUUCAAUUCUUAACAUCUUAGGCCAAUAAGCCUACAAUUUUGUAUAUACAUGAAAGAAAAUUUA